AGGAAGCGAGCGGAGGGGACGCGGGGGGGGGGGGGGGGGCGCAGCUACCAGCUAUAAUGCUCCUUGAGCAGGUACACCUCCUUCAGGCCGCGCCUCUCGCCCUGCAGGCGUGCCGUGGCGUUUGCUACAUCGUCAGCGAGGCCCUGAGGGCCACACACGAGCAGCGCCAGCGAGCUUGCGCUGCGGCCGCGCGCCUCCUGCGCCGCCUGCGCGACUCGGGCGGCGCCGUUGGGGCGGCCGACGCGGCGCGUGGAGUGGCGCAGCUUCUCGCCGUCGCCGGCGAGCGAGGCUUGCGCUGCUCCGGUAAGGUGGAGCUCAAAGGCGAACGUGAUGGCUGAAGAGGCGAAUCGCUCGCUGAUGGAAUCGAGAUACUCGGCAAACCAAGCCAUGAGGCCUUUUUGCAUGGAAGCUUCUGCGUCAGCGCCACCUCCUUCUCU